GAGAUUUCGGAAUGUGGUGCUACAAUGGCGAGCAUCAGAGGAUCAAUCGGAUCCGAACGAUCGGCUGAUCGUAGCACCGAAUCCAGCUUCACAUCAGACCAUAUAGCCGUACUCGGCCACAUUCAUACAGAGCUGGUUGAGCUCACGAGGGACAUAAUUGAUCUGUUGUCACCUUCUUUAUACGCGAUGGUCGGCGUUCACUUGUUUCAAAUGUCGGCAAUCUUUUACGCCGGGUGUGCCAUCGCCAGGGAACGGAAAUACACGCGAUUAGACUUGCUUGGAUAUAACAUCGCACUGCAUUUCACGUUUGCUACACAUUUGUUAGGGGUGAUUGGGGAAGUUUCCGCUGCAGAGGGCGUUGCCAAAGAGGCCAACGAUACGGGAAACAUUCUCCAUGAAGUGCUGACAUCGCGGCCGACGAGGCAAAACAUCGAAUCGGCUACGGUAUGGUCGCUCCGGAUGCUUCAGGACCCACUGCGAAUAGAGCUUUUUGGUGUACUCUCCAUGAAAACCUCUUUAGUGUAUUCGAUUCUCGGUAGCGUCGUUGCUUAUGGAACGAUAAUGCUACAAUUAGAUGACAUGCAACGUCCAAAAAGCGUCUUUGAUACUUAAGCACAAGAGACGAAAAAUGAAUGAGCUUCAAAGACGAUCAAAAUCAAAACUUAUUGUAAACUGACGUAAUGUACUGUAUUGAAAAAGCACGAGUGCAGCUAUCAAAGUGAAAUUUUUUUAUCGCUUCCAUAAUAAGUUCUGUGCACAAGAUCAAUUGAUAUAAAAUAUACCUGUAAUUUCAUUAUACUGAUA